AUGGAUGGAGGCUCUGACUUUUCAGAUAAAAAGUUUGAAACUCUACACCACCGAGUUCAAUCAAGGAUCAACACAGCCAACAACUUGUCCAUGGGGCUUCAGAAGAGCGGUCUACUACCAAUCCUCGUCAAACAAGUCUUCAAACAGGUCCUCUCCAGCCUGAAGGUGAAAUUCGCACAGUCCAUCUUUGAAGCAGACCAAGAAAUAGCCUCCUUGGCUCAAAGGUGGAACUGUCCGGUCCUGUCCAAUGACAGUGACUUUUAUAUUUUUGACAUCCAGGCAGGAUAUCUGCCCUUGUCCCAUUUUKAGUGGCAGAACGCGUCGGUGCAACGCUGGAGUUCUCAAAAUUACAUCCCCUGCAAGAGAUACACCACAACAAGCUUCUGCAGACACUUCAACAUCAACAGACAGCUUCUCCCAGUCUUCGCUGCCAUCGCAGGAAACGACUAUGUCYACUUGGGUCACAUGGGAUUUCCCAUCAAGUGGGAAGACAACACGCCGAUGGAAUCGAAUCGAAAGCGCGGGGAAGGGGUUGCCUUCUUCAACAGAUUGUUGAAUUGGCUGGCCCCUUUCCAGCAGCAGCAGGAGGCCUUGGACUCUGUGCCCCUCUUCAUCGGUCAUGGGGAUAACAACAUGGAUGCUGCCCUCCAGGCCCUCUCUCUGAGCAUAGAGACAUACCAGAUUCAACCCAGUUGCCUGGAGCGGUUCUUCAAUGAUGGCGAGACUCCUGAUCCAGGCCUUCUCCCAGACCAUCUGAGUGUCCUUCCAGACUGGACCCUGCUGCCGUUGAUGAAGGGGACACUUCCCUCCUACAUGAUAUACAUUCUGCAGCUGAGGCCAGUGUUACAGACUGUCCAAGUGGAAGAUCACAGCUUACCCAGCGGGAACAUCACCUCUCGGCCCAUACGGCAGGUAUUCUACGGGCUGCUGCUGGGUGAGAGGAGAGAAGUGGAGGAGUACGACAGGGAAGGCAUGAACCUGACCAGCAGCAAGGUUGAAGCCGUCCUGCCCAGUGCUGCACGACAACUGCAGCUAGACACACUGAAUCAGGCUCCACAUCCAGUUCGGCUUGAGGUGUUUUUGGAGACCCUUGGUGUGUCCCAGUCCACUUUGAAUGGUGUCCCACCUCAUCUGGGACUUCCUGUGGCUGUUACCUACUACUGGCUGAGGCACGCCCAUCUCCAACCCAGACCGUCCUCUCCUGCAGGCCCUGCUACUAGGACUGGUGUAUGGAGAGCUCUGCAGACAGAGGAGGAGCCAGAGAGGGUUUAUAGAGGAGGGACCAGUGUUGGAGAGGCUGAGAGGGCUGAUUCAGAGAGGUGCUAGGAGACUAGACCUGGGUGUGGCCCACGCCUAUAGCCAAUGGACGCCCUGCAUGAAGGAUGGCCUUGACCUGAACCAACUGCUGUGUCUCCUCUACCUGAGCCUCAG